AUGAACAACUCACCGAAACUGGUGCUUGCACUUUCAAAUUCCACUCCGAGACACCGCUUCCCACCAGCUUUGGUGGCACCAGUCGAAAGUGCACCAAUAGCAUCCAACGAGCAGUGCGGCUACGAAAAUGACUGUUCUCGUUCCGAGGGUGCAGAAAGCGGCAUAAUUGGCUUACAGGAGAAAGAUACCAGCACAGAUCAUGAUGGCUACAACUGCUUUCCUGACCCCAUCUGCGAAACCCACGAUAUCGAUGGUGUCGGGUGUCAGGCCUUCAGCCUCCGCACCACGGCAACGCUUUGUUUCUUGCAGCGGACUCGGAUAGAAGGGAUCCUGCUUCAGAAGUUAGGCUAUAUCAUCCAAGUCUGGUGUUCCGAGUUUGAUUGGACAGGUGAUGGUGAUGCACGCCGAGAUCCAAUGCCUUUACAGGAUAUCACCAACAAGCGACGGGCUGACGAAGGCGGGAAAGAGGAGAGGGUAUGGUCGCCGAGGGCAACAUGA